AUGCUUACCAUUCACAAGAUCGUUGGAUUUUGCCCUCAACUUCUGCAAAUCAUCAUGACUGAAGAGGUGCAGAUGCCAGUUCGUCAAGCAGCUGCCAUCUACCUCAAGAAUGAAGUCCAACAGUAUUGGCAAGAGAGAGAAACUGAGCCUGGGGCACCUGCUCCCUUCUCCAUCCAUGAGCAAGAUCGUACACUGUUAAGGGAUGCCAUUGUUGAUGCUACUGCUCAUGCACCUGAGAAGCUUCGGUUGCAGUUAGCUGUCUGUGUUAAUCAGAUUGUGAAACAUGAUUUGCUGGAGAAGUGGCCAAAUGUGAUUCAGAAGGUGGGGAUAUAUCUUCAGAACCCUGAUACUUCCCUUUGGUUUGGAGCCUUGCUGUGUCUCUAUCAAGUUGUCAAGGUCUAUGAGUUCAAGAAUGUGGAGAAUCGGAAGGCCCUGCAUGAGGCAAUGAGGGUGCUCCUCCCGAUGCUGUAUGAAAGAUGUGUGCUUCUUGUCCCUGAUCAUUCGGACAAGUCCGUGCUCCUUGUCAAGCAGAUACUCAAGAUUUAUUUCUCUUUUACUCAAUAUUUCCUUCCCACGGAUGUGAUAUCAAAGGACAUGUUCACACGGUGGAUGGAUCUGCUGAAGAUGGUGUUGGAACAACCAGUGCCCCAGGAAACACUGUCAGUUGAUGAAGAUGAAAGGGCCCAGCUGCCCUGGUGGAAAUCCAAGAAAUGGGCUACUCACAUUCUCUGUCGAAUGUUUGAUCGGUAUGGCAGUCCUGGGAAUGUCAACAAGGACUAUGAUGAGUUUGCCAACUGGUAUUUGAAGAGUUUUUCAAGUGGUAUAAUAGGUGUCCUUCUGGGGAUCUGCGACAUGUACCGAAAAAAGGUCUACAUUGCUCCUCGUGUCCUUCAGCAGUGCCUCAACUACCUCAACGAGGCGGUGCGGCAUGCCUUCUCUUGGAAAUUCUUGAAGCCACACAUGGACUGGGUGGUUCAAGAAGUCAUCUUCCCCCUCAUGUGCUAUUCGGAUACAGAUGCAGAACUUUGGGAGAGCGAUCCUCAUGAAUACAUCCGGUUGAAGUUUGAUGUGUUUGAGGACUUUGUAUCACCGGUGACUGCUGCACAGACCAUCCUGCAUUCAGUUGUGAAGAAGAGGAAAGAUGUCCUCCAGAGAACUAUGGGUUUUCUCAUGCAGAUUGUGACCUCUCAACAGGCAGAUCCUCGGCAGAAGGAUGGUGCUUUCCACAUGGUUGGGUCCCUGGCAGACAUCUUGCUGAAGAAGCAGUUGUACAAGGAUCAGAUGGAGACCGUGUUGGUUACUUACCUCUUCCCUGAAUUCAAGAGCCCGCAAGGGUUCCUCAGAGCAAGGGCGUGUUGGACCCUCCAUUAUUUUGCCGAGAUUGCAUUCAAGAAUCCGAAUAAUUUGGCCAUGGCCAUUCAGAUGACUGUGGAAGGCCUCCUCACGGACAAGGAACUACCUGUUCGCGUGGAAGCUGCCAUCGGCCUUCAGAUGCUACUCACCAGCCAGGAGGAGAAGGUCGUUCCGUACAUCUCUCCGAAGAUUCGAGAGAUAACAUUUGAAGUGCUGAAGAUCAUUCGAGAGACAGAAAACGAAGACCUGACCAAUGUUCUCCAGCGCAUCGUCUGCACAUAUCACGAGCAGCUGGCUCCCGUUGCUGUCGACAUCAUGCAGCAUCUGGUGGAGACAUUCAAGAACAUCCUGGAAAGUGCAGAUGAUGACAACAAGGCGAUCUCAGCCAUGGGACUCCUGAACACCAUGGACACGAUGAUGGCAGCAUUUGAUGAAGAACCUGCUGUGAGAGCUCAGCUUGAGCCUGUUGCCAUUCAGAUCAUAGUUCACAUUCUUCAGAAUGCCAUCAUGGAACUUUAUGAAGAGACAUUCUCCCUGGUCUACACAAUGACAUGCCACUCAAUCACUCCUCACAUGUGGAAUGUAUUGGAGAUAGUGUAUCAGGCGUUCCAGAAGGAUGCAUUUGACUAUUUCAAUGAGAUCAUGCCUGCUCUCCACAAUUAUGUGACUGUAGAUACACCAGCAUUCCUCUCAAAUCAAGCUCAUGUUUUGGCCAUGUUCAACAUGUCCAAGGCUGUGAUGACCUCCGAUGUAGGGGAGGACACAGAAUGUCAUGCUGCCAAACUCUUGGAAGUCAUUAUUCUCCAGUGCAAGGGACAUAUUGAUCAGUGCAUCCCAUCGUUUGUGGAAGUGGUACUUCACCGCUUGCUGCGGGAAGUGAAGACGUCGGAACUACGUACCAUGUGCCUUCAAGUCGUGAUAGCUGCCCUCUACUACAACCCUCAGCUCCUCCUUGACACCCUCAACAAAAUGACUCUUCCCAACACCAAUGAGCCCAUUAUGGCUCAUUUUGUCAAACAGUGGAUCCAUGACACAGACUGCUUCCUUGGGUUGCACAACAGGAAGCUUUGCAUCCUAGGCCUGUGCACACUGAUAUCACAGGUGGAAGGCAGGCCAGCAGUCAUCAAUGAGUGUGCUACCCAGAUCAUUCCAUCUCUCAUUCUCCUCUUUGAUGGCUUGAAAAAGGCAUAUGAAGCCAAAGCUCAAGAAGAGACAGAGGGAUCUUCAGAUGAGGAGGAAGAGGAUGAAGAAGAUAUUGAGAAUGCCCUGUUGGCCAGUGAUGAAGACGAGGUUGAUUAUGAUUCAGCCAAGUACCUAGAAGCUCUUCAAGAUAGAAUCAAGAAAAAUGCUCCCCAUAGCCCAUUUGGCAUCACCACAUCCAUUGGGGAAGAUGACGAUGAUGACGAUUCAGAUUUCCUUCCAUCGGAUGAAGAGAGUCUGGAGACAUUCACCACUCCUCUGGACAUUGAUGACUGUCCCAUUGAUGAAUAUCUGGUCUUCAAGGAUGUACUGCAGAGUCAUGUGAUAAAGGGGAGACAGUUCCUUGUGCCCUAA